AGCACUAUGUGUGAGGGGUAUGGGAGGUUAUUGUGUGGCCCGUGCUCCACAAGAUAAGUAUAGAAAAAACCACCUCCCUCUUUAAUGAAACCUCCUUCCUGAGGCUCAGUGAUUUGAAGUUCCAUUGCAGUAAGAUGAUCAUAUGCACAAAGAUGAGCUUUACUAUAAUAACAGCUUUACUUCUCUCCAGCCUCAGUAAGUAAUGGCACUGAAUUACUCUCACACUGUGCUCCAUGGAGAACUUCUGUCUCACUGAAUUAUUUCCUGAUUAUUUCUUAACUUUUGCUCCUUGAGCAUAAAAGUUUGCGUCAACACGUAUUUUCUUGGAGGCGUUUCUGUGAUGAGUUAGAGGAACAGAAAGAAGAAGAGCACACCUCCUCUUUAUGUUGAAGACGUACCCUUCCUGGACUCACUUCAGUUACGGACAUUGCAGAGCUUCAGUCGUGCACACGAUGAUCAACUUUACCUUGAUGACAGCUUUCAUUCUCUGCAGCCUCAACUGGAUCUGUGUCUCAGUGUCUGAGACUCAGACUGUGGAGGUCCAGCCUGGUCAAGAAGCCAAACUGCUGAUCUCCAACAUUUCCAAAAAAGAAACUGUGACAUUCUGGUUCAGACUGAUCAACAGAACCAGAGUCAGCUGUAUCUCUGUUAUGUCCAGGUCUAACAGCAAAGCUGAAUUCUGUGAUGGAUAUGACCAAAGAAAAUUUGAAAUGACAUCCAACAUCUCUACUGUCUUUCUUAAAAUCAAAGAAGUGGAUUUCUCUGACUCUGGACUUUAUUUCUGUGGAUUUAACAAUGAUGCACGUCCCAUUUUCAGAGUGAUCGAUUUAAAGGUUAAAGAAGAGUGUGAUGGAACAGCAAAGCUGAUGAGUGUGAUCCUGCGCGGUCUGAGUGUUUUUCUUGUAAUGGUCAUCAUUGGUCUGGUUGUUAAAAUCAGGAAACUUCAGAAAGCUCUGAAUGAAGCACUGCAGACUGAAAGAAACAAGGAUCUGGGCUCAGACGACCUGAACUACGCAGCUCAAAGUUUCCAGGCAAAAGCAAAGAGGAAUCGAAGGCCUGCAUCAGAGAGAGAGCUGGAGCCAAAUGUUGGUUACGCUGCCUCCAGAUAAACUCAGGAAACCACUGGAACAGCAGCUCAGAGUGGAGCUGAUGCUGUAUCGUGUUCACCUGCUGCUGUGAAUUUGUGUGUGUGGGUAAUGGAUGGAAGGGCUCAGUGGUAAAACAAUAAAUUUUGACAAAAAUUUAUACAUUUAAACUCAGUUGUUGCUCAUGUUUAUUUCUGUCUCUCUCAAUCAAAGUCUGUGUCGUUCA